CGGUGCGCACGCGCGCGCCCAUUGCAGAGAGAGGUGAUGUGAUUGACCCUGUUGGCCCCCCCUCCCCCACCCUCUGACCCGCCCGCGCGCCCCGACAGGUCGUGUAGCGCGGCGCUCUGCCAGUUGCUGUGCUGGGGUUGGCGGCGCUCAGCAGCUACCAGCUGAUGCAGCGCACCGUGCUCGCUCGCCGCGGCGCAGUGUUUAUAGCGCGUGCGCCGGGCGCUGACGGCAGUCGUCUGGCAGCGACAGCUCUGCCGGUGACGGCACACGCUGCUGCUGCAGAAACUGGACAAGGGCCUGCUUGGGCUCCUGGUCCUGGAUCGGUACGCCGGCUCAGUCACCUGAUGACGGCGGCGCACAGCGUGACCUACCCGCCCUACAGCCGGCCCAGCAGGCGGACGGAGAGGCCCGCCCGGGCCCAGUGCCGCACGGAGAGGCGGUGGCGCUGGAGGCCAACACCCCGGCUCGCGACCUGUAGCUGACGGUGCUGGAGCCGCGAGUCACCGUGUUGGCUGGCCAUGGAGACUUGGAAAAGGCCGGUGAGGUGCGUCUCCAGCUGCGCUGUCAGACGAUCCAGUGGAACGAGCAGCAGCCCAUGUACCCGUCCCGGCUGUGCCGGUGUGUCUCCCAGCUUGAGCGGCGCCGGCCGACCGCUGCGCUGCUCUACAACUGCCACGUCCACACACGAUGCACGCCUCGGUCUACUGGAAGGCGCUGCUGGCGCCGGCCCUGUGGGCCGGCUCCCAGCACCCGCUCACAGAGCAGGUGUGCCACGCCGACUGGCUGCACUGCGCCGACGACCGGGGGACCGCCGGCGCUGAGCCGGCCGGCUCGCAGCUGGACCUGCCACUAGAGACGGACCUGUGCGACCUGGACGUGCGGCUGUGUCAGACCGGCUGGUGCUGGGCCGGCGCCGCCCGGUGCGCUGUCAGCUGGACGGCCGGCCCGUGCUGGCCGCGCCCCAGGCGGCCGACGCGCCGGCUCCCGGCGGCGGCGGCGAGCGGGCGGUACGGGCGCUGCUGCAGCUGCCGACAGCUGCCGCCGCCGCGGACAGCUGCCCGCUGCUGGUGGUCGUCUCCGAGCCGGCCCUGCUCUGCUGGCAGCCGGAACUGCUGCUCUGGCUGUCCCUGGCCACUCAGCUGGCCAGCAGCUGAGUGGCCCGGCGCCGCCGCCACUACCCCAGCCGCCCGAGCCGCCGCCGCCGCCGCCAUGGAUGUGCCCCGGCCGCAAGGACACUCGGGUACCUCGCGAUCGGCACGGAGCCACACCACGGAGAGGAACCUACCCGCAGUGUCACCCAACACCUCCGCUGCGGCGGCCGUCUCCCCCACUCCGCCGGCGCCGCCCGCCGCUCCGACUUUGGCCUGGCUGCCGGCCCUGGAGCGUCUGGAGGUGCGCCUUCAGAUCAGCGCGGUCACCGUCACCGUUCCGGCCGGUCCAGAGAGCGGCGGCGGGGCGGCCGGGGACGCGGAGCGGACGGCGGACCCGCUCCCGGCCGCGGCCGGCCACCACCCGGCGCCGGUACCGGGCCGGGUCCGCAGCAGCAGCGACUCGGGCCACCGGUACUGCCUGCACGAACAGCUGGUCUCUGUGCUGCCGUCAGUCCGACUGGACAGCGCUGCGCUCAAAUCGGCCGCCCUGCCGACAGUGCCGGAGGUGCCCGUCCGACUCACCAGACCUUCAGCGGCCGCAGCCGGCUCCCAGCUGCGCUCGCCGAGCCAGACGCAGCAGGUGAUGUCGCCGUCGGUCGUGGUGCGCGACUGUGCGUCCAUCCCGUGUCCAACGCCCCCCCCCCCCCCCACACACACACCGCGCGCUGCUGCCGGGCCCGCCGUCGUAGUUUUAUGGCCUUGCGCCGUCAGUCGCCAGCUGGUGGUGGCGACCCGUGAUCGCUCGCGUACGUUCGCCGGCGCGCCCAUUGCAGAGAAGGGGUUCGCGCAUGCCCAUUGUAGAGGGGCGCGCCCCUUGCGGAGGCGGUACGCGCUACGCUGUAGACAGUAAUGCUUGUUGGGUAGCCCCUUUGCACAUUGUUUGUUCAUGGAUGUAAAUACAAGUUACAUGACUGAU